GGGACGGGAGGUGGGCGGGGCGCAGCAGCCGAAGCCCCCCUCGCAGUCACUGGCCCCUGGAGCUGCCUCCCCCCUGCUCUGUGCAAUGCCUUUUGAGAUGGCUCUGUGUCAAAGAAGGGGACUCAGAUUGUGCCUCCUGCUCAUGCCAGCCCAGGCGAUGCAGCUCCUGCGCGUGCGCAGCUUCCACCCUGCUGGUCUCCCCCUCCCCAGGCUCCACUCCCUAAAUCUGGGGACAAUGUUCACACAGCUGACUUGAGAUGGCCUUGAUACAUUUAAAAUGUUUCCAAGCCUGUACUUCCAGAGUACAAGCCUGCAGACAGCUACUAACUGGAGUUAUACACCACUUUGGUCCAGAAACAGGGCUACUGUGCCACUAUGGCUCUUCAGCCUUGCAAAUAGCAUGUUCAGUGACUGGUGUUCAGGGUGUGGCUUGUAAAAAUUAUCAUAUGGAGCUGGGAAAUCCUCACAGCUCCAUCAUGGGAAUGGUGAACCUUCAUGGAGAGGCAGGUAAUCAUUUCAAAUCAAAUAGCAAACAGACAGAGGAACAGAAGCUACUGAAGGAGUUAAACAAUUGCCAUUCAUAUGAAGAAAUUUUCAGAUUUGCAAACUCCCUGGAAAGUUUAACGGACACCAUGGUGGCAGCUGUCUUCCAGCGGCUCUGUGAUGUUGAAGUGGAGGAUGGGAGACCGAAGCAUGCCCAGGACUUGGCAGAGGACACAAUCUUUCAGUCCCUUUGCUUCCAGCUGGAACAAGAAUCCCGAAACCUGUCUGAUACUGGUCUUGUGAGUUCACUGAGCUCAUUGAUAAAGUUGCGUGUGGAUCCAUGGAGUACCCUGGUAAUUUGUUUGAUAUCAGAAAGCCAGGAACGUCUCAGUAAGGGCUUGAUGUCCAUCAAAGAUUUGUGUGUUCUUGCAGAAGGCUUAUUGGACCUACAAGGUCCAUAUUGUGCAGUGCUGGAACAAAUUAUGGACCAGGUGCAGAGUACAGACCUCAAGGACUGGAAGCCUGAUGAAAUGGCCAUGGUGUACAAAAUCCUGCAGUUGGGUGUAGGAAAGAGUGGGAAAUACCAAAGCCUAUUGAACAAAAUGAACCAUUUAGCGGUGAGUCAUGUUUUUAAGCUCAACCCCAAACUGACAAGUGCAGUGCUAAAGGCUCUGGUUGUUCUUGAUCAAACCCAAGCUAUCCCCCUGGUGAUAAAGCUUUGUAAGUAUUCUAUACGUCAUAUUCCCUCUUUCACAAAUGAUGAAAUCAUUCACGUGCUGGAGGCAUUCAUUCAUUUUGGACACAACGAUCCGUUCUUCACAGAAGCUCUAGAAAGGCACGUUGCUAAACAUGCCUUCACCAUGCACCCCACAGUGGUCUCCAAAGUCAUGCAGUACUGCAGCAAGAAGCACAUCCUUUCCAAACCUAUCUUCAACGCAGUGGCAGAAAGUUUCAUUUACAAUGCAGAUGGUUUCACCACCGCUCAGGUUGCUGAACAGAUUAUCCCGUUUGGGAAACUCAACUACCUGCCACCGUGUGCUCCAUCUCUCUUCCGGAAACUGGAAAAGGUGCUCAGUGCCCGAUUUGCUCAGUUUCAGCCCCAUAUGCUGUUGAACCUGCUUCACUCCUGCACUCUGGUUGAACGCUACCCACUCAAUUUUUUGGCAAAAGUAUUUAGUCCUUAUUUUUUGCAGCAGUUGCAAGCUGAAGGACCUGGUUUGUCGAGAUCUGUCCUGUCUCAGUUGACUCAGUUAUUUCUAACUAUGGCAGUGGAAUGUCCAUCCUAUGAGGGUCCCAAGCUGCUUCCAAAAUAUCAAGCCAAGUCCUUUCUCCAUUUGCUGGAGUCCUCUGUAGACAUUCACUUCUACAACCAAGUCAAAGCUGGCCUGACUGACCUCUUGGGGGCUCGGAUGUAUUUUGCCUCCCGCGUGUUGACCCCUUACUACUAUACUGUAGAUAUCGAAAUUAAACUUGAUGAAGAAGGGUUUGUGUUGCCAGCUAUCCAAAAUGAUGAGGUGAGCCAGAGAAUAGCUCUCUGUAUUGAUGAUCAAAAGAGGUUUUGCAUCAAUAGUCAUAACCUCCUUGGAAAGGAAGCCAUUAAGAGAAGGCACCUGAAGCUGGUUGGUUAUGAAGUGGUACAGAUUCCAUUUUUUGAAUUUGAAUUGUUGGAGAGCCAAACUGAUAUAGUGGAGUAUCUACACAAGAAAAUCUUUCCUAACUCCUACAGACUCAGCUGGUGAUGCAACCAAAUCCAAACAAUGCUGCAGAGAAGGAUUUUAUUUUAUUUUUUGAAAUGCUAUAUUUGAUAUGCCCAGUGUGUUUUUAAAAAAAAACCCAGCCCCCAUUCAGAUUAUUUUAAUUUGGACUUCUCUUUCAACAAUAUAAAAAAAAAGAGAAAAUACAUUAGAAAUUGUGUGGGCAAACUUCUCACACCAAAUGAUGGAUGUUUCUUGGAAGCACACUGAAGGUGACUUGGUUUCGAGACUGGUUGAUCAUGAGCAGUUGCUUUAAUUGGAACUGGUGUCACUGAAGGCUGAAUCCCUUUCCCUCUUGCUGGAUCAACUACAAAGCAGGAUUGAUUCUGGUGUGAUAAAGCAGUUGGUGGGCCUGUGGAUGCAAAAUAAAAGUACAGGAAAGCAGUGCAGCAGUUUACAUGUAGAGGUUCAUUUUAGGCAUAUUAACACACUAUGUCCUAGGGAAUGAGUGCAUGUUUCUUUGCAUUUCUAAAAGCUAAGAAAAGGUUUAAAAAGUAAAGGUAAUCUCCUGUGCAAGCA